AUGGCUCUCUCAGCCGCGCCCAUGUCCUCCUCCGUAAUCUCUGCCUCCCUGUCCCCCAACGCCGGUAGCCGCAGGAGCCACUCCGCCGCAGCACUUCCUCGCCAGUGCAGCCGCCGCGCAACCUCCUUCCGGGUCCGGAGCCAGGCGGAGGUAGGCCACCGGGACGGACCCUCCCUUGUUUCUACAGCCGCCUAGCCCAGCUUGAAGGCUGUUUCCUCUACCUCCUUACUGAUCGGGCUUCUCCCCCGUGGCGUGCGUUUCCUUUUCUUUUUUCUGGUACAGGAGAAGCCGCAGGACCAGCCGUCGUCUUCCGCUUUCGCCCCGGAUGCAACGCCGUCGCCGUCCUCCCCCCCGCCGGCUCGGCCGAAGGCGGUGGUGAGCACCAAGUUCUCGGACGUGCUGGCGUUCGGGGGGCCGGCGCCGGAGAGGAUCAACGGGAGGCUGGCCAUGGUGGGGUUCGUGGCGGCGCUGGGGGUGGAGCUGGCGAGGGGGACCGGCCUCGCGGCGCAGGUGGCGGAGGGCGCGGGGGUGCCGUGGUUCGUGGCGACGGCGUCGGUUCUGUCGCUGGCGUCGCUGGUGCCGCUGUUCAAGGGGGUGACGCCCGAGUCCCGCUCCGCCGGCCUGAUGACCUCCGACGCGGAGAUGUGGAACGGCAGGUUCGCCAUGCUCGGCCUCGUCGCCCUCGCCUUCACCGAGUUCGUCACCGGCGGCCCACUCGUCUGA